AUGAGCAGGCGACCCGUAGAGAAACUAAGUCGUGCGCUCCGCCGCCAGGCGCAGCUGUCCUCACGGCGCCGCCCCCCAAUGGGCGGGGAGACGUCGGUGCCCGCGGCAACGGGGAAAGCGGCCGCGGCAGGCGACGGGGUCGUGGCGCCUGCCCGUGACGCCUCACCGGACGCUGCCGUGGGCGGCGACGCCUUUCAUCCCGCCAGCGCCGCGAUGGCACCCCCCUCCGCGGGCCUGAAGGGCGCCGAGGAUGGGGUCAUUCACGCCAACUACUCGCUGCGCCACGCACUGGCCCGCGGCGCCCCUGAGACUCGCCUCACGCGACAAGUAAAACGCGCCAUUCAACAGUCCACUGGAAAGGCGGAGGCGCUAAAAGCCUUGCAGGUGCUUCUGCAGGCGGAUGGGGAAACACCCACGGCGGCGACGUUCAAAACGCUAUCUGCCGCGCUGUUACAGCACCAUGUGGAGCAGCGAGUGGGCCACGCCGCGUUUGCAAAGGCCCUGACAGACGCGGUAGGGUAUGAAGGCGAUCGAUGGCGGCGUCUCUCGGAGGAGGAACGCUCUGCCUUUGUGAACUACACAUGUCGAACUACGGAACGGUGGGCAGAGCGCGGCUCCUCGUACAACAAACUCUUAGGAUUCUCACAGGAAGGCGCAGAGAAUGAGGUUGUGGCAAAGGUGGAAUAUCAAAUGCGGAAGUCUGGUGUGACGGUGUCGGCCUCCUCACUGGCGGACCUGAUGCACCUUGACGUCACCUGGUCGACGGCUCUGCAUCUCUACAACUUUGCCGGGGAGCUACAAAAGCACGUUCCACCACCCAUGGAAAUGACGGAUCGCCUCAUGGGGCUUAUGACAGGCUACAAGAGUGGACUUGGCGGCUCUCGUCCCUGGACGCGGGCACUGGCGUUGUAUCAAGAGGCUCUCGUGUCUGGCUACGACACCACGCUGACUACGCACGCGCAUGCGCUUGACGCGCUGUGGCGAAGCGCGGACACCUUCCAUCGCGUGCACAGUCCCCUGAGCGCCUCCCAUCAGCGGUGGGUGUGGAAAAAGGCACUUGAGAUCACCCAACGUGUACAGGACACGCCACGACUGCUUCUUACCGGCGACGAGGGUUGUGCAUAUGCGGAGAGCGUCGUCAAGGCCGUUGCUGCCUCGGGCCGCUGGUCUGUGGCGGUGGCGCUUCUCAGCAACCUGGAUACCUCCAAUAUGGAUCUUUCGUUUCGCUUUCUGGUGCCCACCGCGGAGACGUACGCCUUUGCCAUGGCGGGGUGCCACACAGCCGGUCACGCGGCCCACGGUGAGGCUCUGUGGACUAUUUUCAGGGAGACCUACACCCUGCGCUCGCUCCACUCUGAGGCGCUUGCAAUUCUUCUUCAGUCGCUUCGUCAAGUCGUUCGCAGCUUACCCAUCGUAGGCCCUCUUCUUGAGGAGUUGGUGAACGACGGAAAAGGGCUGGAGCGUCAAGCGGCUGUGGCUGCUUUGCAGCUGCUCUCAAGCAGGUACGUGAAGACAAGUGAGCGGCGGUGGGUGUUGGCCGCCAAGUUACUCGACAUGUACGACGCAAACCCGUGGCCUCAGCAACCGCUGGCACGGAAAGCGGAGCUGCAAACGGUAUUUCGAUGUUGCCACCUGAUAGCUGCGAUGGAGGAGCCGCAAGGCGGCAGGACUUUGCUUCUGCAACUUCGAAAACGUCUGGUGGAUGUGUUUGGCGGCUCCUCGGCGGAGGUGGAAUGGCUCGACGACACCGCCAUCUACGCGCUGCAGGUGACCUCCAACUGGAGCGAGGCCCUUGCCACCUACGACGCAGCCGUCGCUCGGCGAAAACCCGAGCAUGUGCCGUAUCUGCCGAUUCCCCUGCGCCAGGCGAAGAUGAUGCUGGUGGAGGCGCUUGUCCGGUCUUGCCGGGCGAUGGAGGAAGACGGUGAGUCCUUUCUAGUGGACGAGGACACGCAAGAGGCGGACCGCGAUGCUGCUGCGGCGCUGACGCAACGGGCCCUCGCCGUAACGAAGGCCGUGUUUGGACCAGAUGAUACUUUUCCCCAUCACCUGUACGCCGAGUUGCUCCUGAUGCAGGCGUUGAGUGCCACAACGAGUGGUCAACGGAAGUUGCACGCGCUUGAGGCAAUGCGCCAUUUUUCGCAGGCCUCGGCGGAGUUGAUUGAACACCGCCUUGUUGUUCGCACAGCCACAGCCUUGUCGCUUACGGAGAUGCACGUGGAGAACGCACUUCUGGUAGGGCAUGCGGCCCUGCUACAAGCGACGCUUUCGCAGCGCAACUGCCGCCGCAGGCCGGAAAGCGCCCACGGCGGCUUUGAUGUUGUGGCGUGGUAG